AUGUGUGUAUGUGGAGCACACUGUGUGCUCUCCCUUCCCCCUCUGCGUGCGCGUGCGUGUGCCAGCUGGCAGCGUAACAUCUGUGCGUACGCGGUCGUGAUUGUUGUGAAGAUGGCGGAGGGGGAGACAGAGAAGGAAUAUGACACACGGAAAGCUAUCGAGGAGCUCCGAGAGCGGUUCCAGGGUUUGACCACAGCUUUGAGAGAGAGCUCGCAGUCUCCGCUGGAGGCCUCGCUGCAUUUCUGCCAGGAGUUUUGCCAGGUCCUUGUGGAGCAUGCCGGCCGUUGGAAAACCGAUGAGGAUCCACUGCCUUUGCUUGAGGUCUACACUGUGGCCAUCCUCAACUUCGCCAAGGCCGCCUCCUGUCUCUCCGCCGAAUGUGAAAACGUGCCACUCCUACUUGAAAAGUUAGCACUGAGCUGUGCGGAGCUGCUGCUCUUACUGCCCCAGCAUGUCCCUGGUGCCUUAUGGGAGGAGUUCCAGUCCUCCAUGAAGUUGGCACACAGCCUUUUGCAAGAAAGUGGGAGCACACAGCUUCGCCUGCUCUCAGUUAUGGCGCAACAGGAUGGCGUCUGGUCCAACACCACACUAAGCAGCAUCCUAUCCAAUCAGACCCCUCAAACUGAGCAAGUUCAUGAGUUUCUUGAGUUGGAAGGUGCCACGCUUCUGAACAUGAGAGUAAAGCACCUGAUGAAAGUGGACAGCGUUGAUAAAGCUGCUGUUCUUGCCAAGAUGUGCUCGGAGUAUCCGGGAUAUGAAGGAAAAGGAAACUUCAAACAAACCUACUUGCUUUGCAUCUGCAUGACAAAAAGUCAAGAGCAGCUAAUGGAGGAGAUUGCGUCAAUAGACUGUAAAGACGCUCUUGAAAUGAUCUGCAACUUGGAGUCGGAGGGAGAUGAGAAAGGAGCUCUCUGCUUAUGUUCUGCCUUUCUCAAGCGACAGCUUCUCCAAGGAGACGUUUAUUGUGCCUGGGAACUCACACUGUUCUGGAGUAAGCUACUCAUGCGUUUAGAGUCAUCCGCUGAUGCAUUUCUUGGACAGAGCAAAGAGAUGGCUCUUCUCUGUAGGAGCGUCUGUCAUAUUCUGUUUCUGAUCAAAGUAAUCCAAAACGAGGUUGGAGAGGUGGGGCUUCCAGUGUGUGUGGAAAUGUGCAUUCAAGCUCUGAAAAUGACAUCCAGUGACCAUAAAGAUAGCAAGUCCACCAUCUGCAAGACAAUUUCCUGCCUCUUGCCAACUGAUCUAGAAGUUAAGCGUGCAUGCCAGCUGACAGAGUUCCUCCUCCAGCCCACUGUUGACUCGUAUUAUGCUGUGGAGUCACUGUACAACGAACCCGACCAAAAGCCUGAGGAGGACGGGAGUCUGCCAGUGCCCAAUUCUUUACGCUGCGAGUUACUGCUCGCCUUCAAGACACAGUGGCCUUUUGAUCCAGAGUUCUGGGACUGGAAAACACUGAAACGCAACUGCUUGGCACUGAUGGGCGAGGAGGCAGCUAUUGUGUCAUCUAUUGACACACUCAACGACACAGACGAACAGGAGGUGGAAAGUGCUCUUGGAAAACUCCCUGAAUACAGAGACCUGGAGGAUUUUCUGUUAACCACUACGAAUGAACUCAAUGAAAUCACGGACGAAAGAGAGAAAAACAGAGAGGCUAAGAAACUUCGGGAGCAGGGUUUUGUGUCUGCUCGGUUCAGAAAUUGGCGAGCGUACAUGCAGUAUUGUGUUUUGUGUGACAAGGAGUUCCUGGGUCACAGAAUUGUUCGGCACGCUCAGAAGCACUUCAAAGACGGAGUGUAUCUUUGUCCAAUUUGUGCUGACAGUUUUGAAAGUAGGGAGGUUUUAGAGCCACAUGUAGCAUCACAUGUAAAGCAAUCUUGCAAAGAGAGACUAGCUGCAAUGAAAGCUGCUAGAAAGGUAACCAAACCACCUCAGUCCCCUAAAAGUCCAUCAAAAAAUUCAAAAGUUGCUGCCAAGGUGAGCAUUAGUCCUGUUAAAAUUGACUCUCAAAUUGGCGACCAGCUGGCGUCUCCUGUUAAGACAGAACAAACCACAUCAGACACACAUUUAAGUCAAGACUGUUUCUGUCCUGUCAAAAACUGUUCCAAGGCUUUCAAGUUUUUCCGCAACCUCAUGGCUCAUGUCAGAUCUCACAAGAACGACGAAGAGGCCAUGAGGUUUUUAGAGAUACAAAAACAGAAAGUGGUGUGCCAGUAUUGCAGACGGCAGUUUGUUAAUGUCAGACAUCUUAAUGAUCAUUUGCAGAUGCACUGUGGCAGCAAACCAUACAUCUGCAUACAGCUGGAUUGCAAGGCCAACUUUAACUCCAAUUCUGAGCUUCUCAUGCAUAGAAAAACGCAUCCUGAAUUCAAGGCCCAGUGCAUGUUCCCCAACUGUGGCCAAGUUUUCAGUGAGGCCUACCUGUUGUACGAUCACGAGGCUCAGCAUUACCUUACGUACACCUGCCAAACUGAUAACUGUGGCAAAAUAUUCUACUCUCAGUCUCAAUUCGUGUCUCACCAAGAGAAUCAUGGCCCAAAUGAUGCAGUAAUCAGUUUGCCCAUUACAAAUCAAAACCCUUGUGAGACUUCAAAAGUAGAGCCACCACCAGAGAGCAUCCCGAGCAAUGAAGUCUGUAUUGAAAGGAUUAGUACAGACGUGUAUAUGAAGGAGGCAUCAAGAGCAAACACAUCACCAUGCAGAUUACCAGAGUUUGCUAAAGAACCCAUCCCUGUGAGAGUUAAACACUCGAUUGAAAGCAUGCUGAAUUCUGCAGGAGAUCCUGAAAUGAAAGAACCAGAGAAAUGCUACACUCCGCUGACAAACCCCACUCCAGCGCCAGUGCAAGCGCCAGUGCCAGUGCCAGCGCCAGCGCCAGCACCAGCACCAGCACCAGCACCUGAGGCUCAUCAUGCACACCAUUAUGUGGCUGGGCAAGGUGAGAUCCCUCCAGCAAAUCCUGUACCACUUGCAACAAACCCUGUGGCAACUCAACAGGGAGAAGAGCUCAAUAAUGUACAAGGCAACGAACUUCCAAAAGCGGUUCCACAAAUAAUCUCUCCAAAUCAAAUAAAGGUAGAAAUUCCUUGUUCGCUGCAAGGAUAUCCUUCCAGCACACCUGCUGUUACUGCUGGCAGUGAGGAGAACCUGCAUUGCUGCCCGUAUAGUGACUGCACAAGGGCAUACAGUACAAACAAAAGUCUGUCCAGGCAUGUGAAGAAGCAGCACCCUGAAAUAUUUGAAGAUUGGAAAUUGGCAAAGAAAUACAACAAAGUGGCCAAAAUUACAGCAAAAAAGGCACCGAGUGGGCCAGCCUCACCUAAUCAGUCUCAGAACCAAGGGAACAGGCCAUAUCAGCCAGGAAUACUAUGCAACAAACCUGGGAUGCAGCAAAUGGAUUACCCAAUGGGAUCUUCAACCUCACCUGCCCAGUGUUAUCCUGGAUCAAUGGAGCCUGUGCCCAUCACUCCAAUGGUGAACCCCACACUGUACCCGUCAUGGGGAAAUAAUCCUAGUGGAAUGAUGCAGUCAGACAUGUCUCAGUCCUGGUCUUCACCUCCCAUGAAUAACUGUUAUCCUGAUGCCUUCAACAUGAACGAGUACCCCCCUCGAGGUUAUCCCCAGUGGCAGGCAGACCCUUAUCAAACCACAGCGUCUCUCCCGUCUGAUAGAGAUCAUUCAAUGGCAGCUAUACAUGGUCCCUCUAUGUCACAACCUCCUUCAGAUUCAAGUUUGAUGUCUCAGUAUGUGUCCAGUUCUCUGAUGCUUGAUAAUGGAGGGCAGAUGCAUAACGGAGGGCAUCAGUAUGGACUAAUGCAUCCAGAGGAUAGUGCAGACAGCGUAGAUGUGGGAAAAAGCAGUGCAAGUAUGACAGGCCAGUUGGAUAAACGCAACAGUAUCUCAACAAUUGAUAGCCUCCCUGAGGGAAGUUACCACACUCCAUAUGCUCAUAGUGAAAACUCUUGUCUCACUCAAGGCUCGUUAGUCGAUGUUCCCAUGAAAUGUUUGAGCCCAGAGGCUCAGGUUGCAUUAAAAGCUACGCAUGAAAUAAUUAAAACAGAGAAUGUGUCCACUCCUUGUUACGAACAGAUGGACAACGCCGUGGAUGGCAUGAUUAGCCCAAACAGCGGCAUUCACACAGAUUUCCCUUAUGAAGAGGACUGUCCAAAUGCUGACUGUGAGGCCACCCCCUCUGACCCUGACUCGCAGAAAGGAAAACGCAGCAGGUUGAGCAAGAGAACCAAAUGGCCAGCUAUUAUUAAGGAUGGUAAAGUCAUCUGCAGGAGAUGCUUUAGAGAGUUUACAAGCACCAAGUCUCUCGGAGGUCACUUAUCUAAACGCUCACAGUGCAGGCCUGUAGAUGAAAUCGACCUAACGGCUGAUUUGCCAACAUCUUUCCUUGAUUUUCUCAAUGAUCCCCAUGUCCCUGAUACUAAUGGAGCAGUAUUCAGCAUGUCAAAUGGUGAUUUCUCACAGGAAUCUUGUUGCUUGACCACUUUAACUUCACCCAUGGUGUUGAAACAGGAGCCCCAGUAUACAAAUAUAAUGGACUAUUCAGACUCCGUACCUUUUCCCCCUGAAAACCAGCAACAAAAGGCCGGAGAGCUGGCUAAUCCAGCCCUUGCUGUACCUUAUAAUGAGGAUCAUUUGAUGGAAAUAUCACAUGCUUUCCAAAGGUUAGAUUUGAUUGAGGCUGCACAAGGGAAGAUGCGGAGUGCUCUGGCAUUAGAGCAAAAUGUUAGUCAUUGUGAAACAGCCCGUGACAUCGAAACUAGUAAAACACUGAGUAAAAGUGAUGACAAGCCCACUGAAAAGGUACCGAAACCUUUUAAAUGUGACCAGGAUGAGUGCGAGUACUCAUUCAUGACAAAGGAGGCAUUAUUCAAACACUUGAGUAAAAUGCACGAUUACUCCAGUGAGAUGAUAGAAGAGCUUAAAAAGACCCCAUCCAAACUGUCUCCAUAUCCUUGUCAGAUUUGCCCCAAAACAUUCACAAGAACGACAGGUUUGAGAAUUCACUAUGAAAAAGUCCACAGAUUAUCAAAGGCAGAAAUGCAGAAGCUGAGGAUCAGUGCUCGAAACAGGCGUGCAUUUAGACUGAACAAGGAUGACGGUUUAAUUGGCCGUGCAGCUGCUGACUCCAACCGCACGACACAAUCUGCAGCUCGGUCUGCAGCUGUAUUACCUGCCAUAAAACAAGAACCGCUUGACAUUGCAAUUGCACCUCAAACAGACAAUGAGAACAAUCCACAAGUUACCGAAAUCACUUCACCAGGAGAUGCAGUUAAACAGGGCUCCAUGCCUGAGGUAUCAAUUGUCGCACAACUACCACCACCACCACCACCACCACCACCUCAAAACUAUGUGACGGAUAGGUUAUCAGGUGAGGUGGUAACGUCAGUUACUGAAAAAGCCCCAGAGCAACCUCAAGUAGCUGUUGUAAACAAUAGUCCAGAUGUGAAACAGAAAUCCAGUUUACAAGAGAAGCUCAGUCCGGUUGGCAAAGCAAAGGAGCAGCAAGGACGAUCAGAUGCAUCGUUUAGCAAAGUAAAGGAGCCGAUGUACAGCCCUACUGCAUCUGCUUCAUCUUCCCCAGAGAAACCAGGCAGCUCCAAAAGCACACCAACAAAGGACGAACACCAGAGGAAAGAGAAACGGGAAAGAAAAGAGAAAAAGUUGAGUCUCAAAAUGUGUGAUACAGACAACGCCUACAGUCCAUAUAGACCAUAUCGCUGUGUUCACGAAGGAUGCACUGCUGCAUUCACCAUCCAGCAGAACUUGAUUCUCCAUUACAGGGCCAUGCAUCAGGCAUCUCUGCCUCCCAGCAAACCUGAACCUGAGACUGAAAAGGCCAGUGUUAAAAAUGCACCGGAGAUCCAUCAGAGGAUAGACAAAGGUGAUGAAGUCAGGUGUCAAGUGAAAAACUGUUCCAGGGUGUUCAUGGGAAUCACAAGGUUAGUGCAGCAUUACCUCUUACUUCACAAGUUCACCCGUGACAAAGCCACCUCCAUGAUGGCCAGCAUGACCAUGGGGACUUUCAACUGUGACCGGCCAGAGUGCGCGCUCCCCUUCAACUCUGUGGAAAAGUACAUCGAGCACAUCAAAAAUUUCCACAAGGAAAUCGCCAUCUCUGAGAGUGGCUCAGUUGAUCCAACUUUCAGGUGCGAGUAUGAGGGAUGCGAUCGCGUUUACACUACUAAAUCAAACCUCCUCCGUCACCUGAUAAAAAAGCACGAAUAUGUUUAUGAUCCCAAAGCAAGCGAUGGAAGACGGACUAAAUCAGUAGGGCUCUUCCCGGGAAUUAACGGGAAAGAGAAUGUUGAAAACAAACUCAAAGUGAAGAAGAAAAACACUAAAAAGAAAGACGGGAAGUCCAUGGAACACUGGACCAGUUUUGGAAAGCCUACACUAAAAUCACAUGAUGAGGCAUCGGCCAUGUGCACCAAGAAGUCCGCACUGCAGUACCCAUGCAUGAUAAUAGGCUGUGAUGCAGUGGAGCGGGCUGAGAGAAGUAUAUUUAAGCAUUACACCACUCAUGGCCUCACAGAAAGAUACAUUGAAGACCACAGGAGCCAGUUCAUUUUCUGCAAAAAGUACUCACGCGCCCGAUUCAAAGAGACAAGCAAAACAGAGGAUGCGUCCAGCUCUUCUGAGGAGAUGGAGCCAGAUGAGGGCGAAAAGCCCAGUGAUCAGAAAACAGAUGAGUUGGUGGAACGAAUUGUAGGCCAAGAAGACAGCAAGCUGUCCAACGACGACAGCGCAGAAUCUCAAGCUUCCACCGGGACAGAAGCAGGAAUUAAAAGAGGCCGUCCCAGAAAGCCUGCACAACCCACACCAGCUUGUCCGGAGAGGAUGCAGACCCUUAGGAAUCGUACGACUGUUAACAGUUCAAGAGAGAACUCAAAUCCUGGUACCCCCACAGCCCAAGAACAACGUGACGACGCAGUCACGCCAGGGUCUUUCAAGCCUUUAGGACUUGAGGACUCUUUCCUUAAGUUCUUGGAAACCUCAGAGUCGACCCACACUUCCAAACGCAAACUAAACGAAAAAUCUAGUGCUGAACUGCCGUCCAAGAGACAACAAACUCAAAAACAGAAAUCUGCAACAAAAGGUAAAUUAAAAGAUGAAAUCAAAGGAUGUGAAAAUCUGGUAGACUUCAGAAAUCCACUAAAUCUCAAAUCGGUGAGCAAUGUCAAGAUUGUCAUGGAUAAAACAUUUUCAGACGGUGCUGAUCUUUUGCUAAAGCAGCUACAAGACAUGAAGCCCAUGGUCAUAAUAAAAAAGUGGCUUUAUAGUGGAUCAUAGCCCGAUAUUUUGUUUUCAACUCGACCUCACUCAGGAUUUGAGAAGUUAUGCUGCAGAAUGGUUUGUUUGUUAAUGCAUCAGAUUUCCAACUGUUAACAUUAAUGGUCACAGUUAACGAUGAAAUGGCCUAUUUUGUACCUAAUGAAAAAAUGUCUUGGAUGAUUUUAAGUAUGUAUGUUAGUUAUAAUAACCAGGUAAUCCAUAGGGCAUAGAUUUUAGAAACAUGUUUGUAUUUAUGCUUAGUACUGAAGAUGUUUUUUUUUCUUUUGCUAAAUGGAGACUUUUAAAGAAAAACUAUGUUUUUAUAUAUCCCUAUGGGAUUUCAAGUUCUGUUUGUAUUUAUUUCAUCCUUUUUAAACACUAGUAGACCUAUCUGUAAUAUUUACAUGUCUUCCACAAAGUGUUCAAUAAAAUGUUACUGGUUCUUUUUGUAAAAUAUUGUCU